AUGGGCUGUUGUCAGUGUAAUAAGCCAGAUAAAGGAGAGUUAAUUCAAAUUGAAAACGCUGUAGAACAGAGCCAAUAUGAAUUUAAAAAAUCUGCUGACGAAGAAUUCGACGAUAUAAGCUUAUCAUCACAAAAUACAUCGCAAAUAGUAUCGGGAAAAUGAAAAGCAAAAAAUAUUUCUCAUAUGAGGUCACUAUCAACGCUAUCAAUUAAAUCUUUUGGAGGCUCUCUUAUGAGAGGGGAAUAUGAAAAUGCAUUCCUUAUAUCAACCCCUUCAUCUUCUCUGUAUGGAAGCUUAGUAGAAGGCGAGCUUUCUGGGCCAAAAGAAUUCUUUAGGCUAAUGCAUAAUUAA